AUGUCUUCCUCCACAUUCUCAAUCGAUACGUACUCUCACACCGGAAUUGUUGUCCGCUCGCUCGACAAGUCCCUCCACUUCUGGCACAACUGCCUGGGUCUACCCAUCCAGCGUCGCGGUACCCUCACCGGCCCUAAUGUCGGCAUAAUAGCUGGUGCACCUGCAGGCUCUACCAUUCACGUCGCACACAUCUUGCUUCCAAUCCCUGGCGCCGCCGCCGAUGCGUUGGUCCCGACACUCGAGUUGUUGGAGUACGAGAUUCCGGCCGAGGCGGAAGGCAAGAAGGAACAUACAAGGGUGCCGGAGGCGUGGAGUAUUGGAGCGGUACAUGUGGCGGUGGUGGUGAAGGGGUUGGAUGGAGUCGUGGAGAAAGUGAGGGAGGAAGGGUGGGCGGUCGUGUCAGGAGUGGGGAAGACAGGGGAGGAUGUGGAUGAACGGGUGAGGGGAUGGAGAAUCUGCUAUCUGAGGGGACCGGACGGGGAGAUUGUGGAGCUUAUGGAACCGCCUGGGGAGAGCGAGUAG